AUGGUCGACACACUCUCUGAACUGGAACUCCCUGCGUCCAGACAGCAGGACAGUUCAAUUCCCAACAACAUGGACCCACUCACGCCUGUCUACAAGGCUGGCCUGAUUCCUAUAGCCGUAUUCGCCAUGAUGAGCUUGGUAUCAGUAACCGCCCUACUUGCAUUCAUCACCCAGCGAAUGGUGUCUUGGCGAAAACACUACAGGCAGUAUGUCGGAUACAACCAAUACGUCAUUCUCAUCUACAACCUACUUCUUGCGGAUCUUCAGCAAUCGGCUGCCUUUGCCAUAUCCUUCCAUUGGUUAAAGCUCAACAAGAUUGUCGCUCCUACUGGGGCGUGCUUCGUCCAGGCCUGGUUCCUUCACAUCGGUGAUGUUUCGAGUGGCUUUUUCGUCCUUGCCAUCGCUAUUCACACCUGGCUGGGUGUGGUCAAGGGAUAUAAAAUGCCAUUCAAGUGGUUCGUCAUAUCAAUUUUGUUGAUUUGGGCCUUUGCACUGUUUCUCACAGUGCUGGGACCAGCAAUGCAUCAAGAGCGAUACUUUGCUCGCGCUGCAGGAUGGUGUUGGGUGUCACACGAAUUUCAAGACGAACGCCUCUGGUUACACUAUCUCUGGAUCUUCAUUGUAGAGUUUGGCACCAUCAUCAUCUACGCCCACCUGUUUUUCCAUCUACGUGGCCGCAUCCAGAGCAUCAUGGCAAACGACACCAGCAAGCUGUCACGAGCAACCAAGUUCAUGGUCAUGUAUCCUGCCGUCUACGUUAUCCUGACUCUGCCUAUUGCUGUAGGGCGUAUGGUCGCCAUGACGGGUCAGCCGAUGCCAGACCUCUUCUUCGUCGUUUCGGGCUGCCUCCUCACAUCCUGUGGGUGGAUCGAUGCACUUUUGUACGCCCUCACAAGACGAGUGUUGGUGUCUGGGGACUUAAGCACCGGUCAAUAUAACAGAACCGCCACCAUAACACUUACCAACAACGCGCGCCCUGGCGAUACUGAGCGCUACGGUCUCCAAUCUAUGAACUCCAAGGAACCCCCCGCCACCUCGUGCACCAUCACAAUCACAGGUGGGAACGGCAGGCUAUCUCGCAUAGUCGAACACCACCGCACGCGCAGCUACAUGACGCGAUCACGCCACGACGCCACCGACUACGAUGAAGAGAGUGCCACGCGAACAGGAUCGCAAGAUUCCAUCAUGAAGCCAUUGCAAUCACCCAAUGGCAUCAAUAUCAUGACGGAAACCAGUGUGCAAGUGGAGCCUGCAAUCGACAGAGAAUUGGAAAUGGGAGGCACGCCGCCGAAAGAAUGGAACGACGUCCACAUUCACCCAUGA